CCUAAGAUGGGCCCAUUUAUUGAUAAUACAGAGGGUAAGAAAUGGAUUCCUAUUCUCAAGUUGCAUGGUAUAGCAGGGGAAGAUAAGUUACAAAUCCAAGAUACAAAUAGUUCUUCAUGGCUAGAUAGAAUCUCUAAGGUAAGAUACAAAUCCAAGAUACAAAUUGUUCAUGGCUAGCUAGAAUCUCCCCCCAGCUUUAUGAAAAGUGUUUCUUGUGGUUCAACUAUUAGAGGAUGAAAAACUUUGACUGCUACAGCUCAUGUAGUGUCCAGAAACACUGGCAGACAUGAGCCAACCCUGCACUCCACCAUGAGACUGAGACCCAAAGUGGGGUUCCCUAGAAGACCAAAUAUUUCUACUGUCAUCUUGGGCAAAACAGGCAGCUCCCGAAGUCUGGCUCACUGACCAGGUAAUCCAGCUUGGAAUCUUAAGCUAAUCCAUUCUACAACUGUGUGUGUUUAUUAUCCAUGCUGAUGCUUACUCCACAAUCUGUAAUACUCCCCCUUACCUAACACCCUCCCCACCCACCCUAGUCCCAAGUUCUCCUCCUGCCCAGGAAUUAGGCCCAGGAGGGAUCUUCCUUGGUUGGCCAGACAAGGUGAAGGCUGCCAGGGCUCUUAAUCCCCCACUGAUGAACUCACAGCCAACACUUAUUUGAGUCUCUACUGUGAGCCCUCUUAUGUCUGGCUCUGAAAACUGAAGUGAAUCAAAAAGUCAUAGCCCCCGCCCUGUGAACCUUACACUAAGAAAGACUGUCCAGAACAGUAAGUAGUUCUGAGUGCAAAAGAGAAGUGCUGGGUGCCACGGAGCCUCUAUGGGAUUUUGUGGAAGCAGAGUGAUGGACUGGGAAAUGCAAUGUUUAGGCUAAAGCCAGAAAGAGCCAGCAUCAGGCGAAGAUUUAGUCUUCCGGGUACAGAAUGUUCAGGGGUCUGGAGGCGGGCAGGCCCCAGCAUGCUCCAGGAACUGAGUGUCAGGGCAGCCGGAGAGCACAGGACGAGUGGGCAGGGUGGCGACGGAGGAAAGUACGAGAAGGUUCCGCAGUGCAACUCCUUGCAGAAAGCCUUCCGAGGUUAACCCUACUCCGCCUGGAGUCUUUGCCCAUCUGGUCCCAGCUUCCCCCUUGAAUGGGACCCUUCUGGGCUGCCUGGCCCCAGGAGCGACGCCCACGGCAGCAACUCCUAACUUCUGGGGGCAACUAAGCAGCGAGGAGGGACCCGUGGUCGUCGUACAGGAACACCUUUCCUGGACUGCCGACCUUGCACCUUGCAACGCGGACAGCGGGCACCGAGACCUCUCCGGACGGCCGCCAACUCUCCGCAGUCUACGGUUGUAAGCGCCGUGACGCGGAAAACUACACUCCCCACAACCCCUUGCACCUCCCGCUCGCUGCGGUUGCUUAGGGCCAAUCGGGAGAGGCAGCUGUGGCGGGGGCCGAGGAGGGACAUUUUAAAAGGGCCGGAGAUUGCGGGCGUCAGUGGCCAUGGCGGAUACAGCGACUACAGCAUCGGCGGCGGCGGCUAGUGCCGCUAGCGCCUCGAGCGAUGCACCUCCUUUCCAACUGGGCAAACCCCGCUUCCAGCAGACGUCCUUCUAUGGCCGCUUCAGGCACUUCUUGGAUAUCAUCGACCCUCGCACACUCUUUGUCACUGAGAGACGUCUCAGAGAGGCUGUGCAGCUGCUGGAGGACUAUAAGCAUGGGACCCUGCGCCCGGGGGUCACCAAUGAACAGCUCUGGAGUGCACAGAAAAUCAAGCAGGCUAUUCUACAUCCGGACACCAAUGAGAAGAUCUUCAUGCCAUUUAGAAUGUCAGGUUACAUUCCUUUUGGGACGCCAAUUGUAGUCGGUCUUCUCUUGCCCAACCAGACACUGGCAUCCACUGUCUUCUGGCAGUGGCUGAACCAGAGCCACAAUGCCUGUGUCAACUAUGCAAACCGCAAUGCAACCAAGCCUUCACCUGCAUCCAAGUUCAUCCAGGGCUACCUGGGAGCUGUCAUCAGCGCCGUCUCCAUUGCUGUGGGCCUUAAUGUCCUGGUUCAGAAAGCCAACAAGUUCACCCCAGCCACCCGCCUUCUCAUCCAGAGGUUUGUGCCGUUCCCUGCUGUAGCCAGUGCCAAUAUCUGCAACGUGGUCCUGAUGCGGUACGGGGAGCUGGAGGAAGGGAUUGAUGUCCUGGACAGCGAUGGCAACCUCGUGGGCUCCUCCAAGAUCGCAGCCCGACACGCCCUGCUGGAGACGGCGCUGACGCGAGUGGUCCUGCCCAUGCCCAUCCUGGUGCUACCCCCGAUCGUCAUGUCCAUGCUGGAGAAGACGGCUCUCCUGCAGGCACGCCCCCGGCUGCUCCUCCCUGUGCAAAGCCUCGUGUGCCUGGCAGCCUUCGGCCUGGCCCUGCCACUGGCCAUCAGCCUCUUCCCGCAGAUGUCAGAGGAGGAAGAAAAACUAUCAAGAAGGGGAAGAAGCAGCCAAGGGCACAGGGAGAACCCAGAUGGAGUAGCCUCGUGGAAGCUGAGGACUCGGGCGAUUCAAAGAGGAGGGGCUCUCUGCAGAGUGGGUGAGUGCAGAGAGGACUAGGAGUGGAGGAGACUUAGGUGGCAUAGCUAGACAUGGCAGUCUAGGAGGCAACAUGGUAUUCAGUUUCUUCUUUGUUCAGAGGAUUGAGCUCAAGGAUGGGGAACUGUGGGAGAACAGCAAAAAAACUGUGAGAUGGAGGUUGGGGGGCUUGGAGAGAGGGCAAUGAUGGGGAAGGAAUGCCCAGAGCCCAAGGCGGGAAGGCAUGGCCUCUAUGGAGUCCCUGGGUCCAUUGAGUAGAGGGGGCUACCUGGCUAUGGUGGAGAAAAGGGGGCCUAGAUCCUGAGAAUUCUCCAAGGUAGGUACCAAUAUUCCUUGUUUACCAAUGAGGAAACUGAAGCACAUUAAGGUUAAGUACCUUGUCCAAGAUCCAAAGUUGUUGACGAUGGAGCAGGCUUUGUACCCAGGCAGAAGAAUUCUGUGACCCUCCCCAGCCCACCCACACCUCACUAUAGAAAGAGGAGGCCCACUUCUGGGCUCCAGAUUGCUUGCUGCUAAUUUAUCAGCAGGAACAUCCCAGUGCCCUCACCCAGCCCUCCUCCCCUCCACAGGAAAUUGCGUUUUCACAGGGACCUUUUGGAGUCAGUGUUUAUGUCUUUUCCAACCCAGAGCUGAGGAAGGGGCUGGGCAGUGGAGGGGCUGGAGGGAGGCUAAAGGGCCAACAGGUAGGGCAGGGAACCUCCUGUUGUUGUGAGAACUGGGGAACAGGUCCUGGGCUCCCUUCUGGACCCAUCCUCUUGCCCAUGCAGGGAGUACAGGGUCUGCCCUGGCGGAUCUGGUGGAUCUGGUGGAUCUGGAGGUUACUGCUGUAGGCCUGCCCCACCAGCCUGUCCCCAAACAUGGAUGGGCCCAUCACACCCAGAAUCUGCUCUCUGCCCCUUGGAGCCUGGGCACUUUCCCAUUUUUCUUGUUACCAGGAUGGCCACGUAGGAGCCCUGUGGUCUUAGUGAAUCUCCCUGCUGGUGGUGGAGACAAAACUCAAUAAACAAGAACUGUCAGGUGACAGCACAGGUCAUGAGGGACCUAAAGCAGAGGCUGUGCGGCAGCUUGCUGGGGCCGCUAUAGGUGGGGCUGGUGCUGGGUGCCUCCCUUGUGGUAGGGCCAGAUUGUGGUGGCCUUUCUGGCCUUGCCCCCUUUGGUGAUUGGGGCUCUGGAUUCCAGGCAAGUGGGGUCCUCUCUGUCCUCCCCACCGCAACACAGGCAUACGCUGGGGCCUCAGUUUCCCUGAGGGAGAUGUGCAGGGUCCAGUGUCCAGGAACAUGGGCUUGGCUACCACAAGAGGCUGUAGUGGGUGGUGGCAAAUGUCCCUCUAACUCUGACAGCCGGUGUGCCCUACCUGGGAGCACUUCCAAUCCUGCUUAAUGAACCUCAUGUCUCUGGAGCAAGAAGCAGUACCUUGGCCAAGGCCCCUCCCCACGUCCUUGCCUCUGUUUCUGCUUCAAUCUUUCUUUGUGCCUCUUUCUCCCUUCCUUGAUUCCUCUCGGGCUCUCCCCCACCCCAGUCCCCUCUCUUUUCCCCACUUUUCCCCCGGGAGCUCGGGGGCUGGGGAACGGGGCUGCACGUACAAGCCAGAGCCAUUGUUCAACAAUCUGUUUUUGUCUUCGUCUUGUUGGCAGGCGGCAGGAGAGGAGCAAAAGGUUAAUGAGGCACUGUGCAGCGGGAUUACUGCGUGAACGGGCGGGCGGCGGGCAGGCGAGCCAGCCGUGGUGACAGGGAACUAAUUAGGAGCAGUUUAACAGGAGGAAAAAGUGAAAUCUCCUCUUCACCAACUGUCAAUAAUUAGCUGAUUUGGUGAGGUUGAUAUGUGUCCACAGAAGGUGGGGCUUGUCUGUGGAUGAGUGAGGUACGGAGAGUGGGGGCAGCCGGGAGCUCGACCUCAUCCCUAGGUGAUGUUGGGGUGGAGGGGCUGUCCCGUGGUCCCAAGGUCUGCCCUCUGCCCCUUUGGCUGGCAUCCCUCUGCCUCAACUCUCCAUAUGACCUUGGGUCUUAACCUCAAAGACGUCAGUUUCCCCAGCUGGAAGAUGAGGUGUUAGAACUAAGUUUCUUCCUGUAAGAACUAAGUUUCUCCCACUAAGAUUAGGGAAGUGAAAACUCAAGACAGGGCCCUGGUGCUAGACAGUGGGCUGAGUGAGUCCACUUGAGUUACAUGCUGCCCCUCAGGUGCCCGGCCUGCAGCGAGGGUGUGCCCUCUGGGAGCCACCCUCUGGGUCUGGGCAUGGCGAGUGGGCAGGGCCUUAGCCUUCCUGGGAAUGUGUGUUACGGCCCCUAGACCCUCACUGGCUCCUUUGUCCUCCCUGCAGCUGUGGGGGCUGGGGUGGGGAUGAGAGAUUGGGCAGUGUGCCUCCUGGCUGGGGCUGCGGGGAGGGGAGAGGGCCCUGGGCCGCCCUUGUAGGGGCUGGAGGCUAUGAGCGUGUGUCUCUUCUCUGCCUCAGCUGUUGCAGGGGCCCCUGGGGGCAGGAGUGAGGUUCACUGGCCAGGAGGCUUGUUUCCUGUGGGCCUGUUCCCUUGGUUUUGUUGGCCUCUGCCCUCUGCCUUCCCUGAGGCCUCAGCAGCGAACCGGCCUCCCCCUGUACCCCCACCCACCUGUUCCUGCCCCUUCUAGCUUUUACCAAGCACCUCGACUAGAAGAAAAGACAGCCUAAGAGUCCCCCAGGGCCAGGGCUUCCUGCUCUGAGCCUCCCAUGUCAGCCCUGGGAACUCCCCAUGUUCCUCCCUCUCAGCUGAGCCCCCACUCACCUCAGCUCUAGAGGGUUCUGGGGAUUAGAAGCCAUGUUCUGAGGAAGUCUAAAGCCUUCCCCCCAUAUGCUCAGCCCCAGUUAUGAGCCAUGUCUCAUCCUGGCCCCAGAGGGUGGCUCUUACAGGCCACACCCAUGCAGUAGAUGAGGCAGGAGGGCCAACCUCAGCCACCCCAUACUCCUUCCUGCCUCCCCAGUUAUAGCUUUCAGGGUUAAGAAACAGGCAUACCCUCCCUGUAUGGGCAGAAAUGUGGGUACCCUCAGUGGGUACCAGAACCUCCACUAUCUCCACCCUCUUAACCAGCCCUGAUGAAAAUGGUGGUUUUGAUGAACCAGCCUGGCUAGACAGCUGUGAGCCACCAGAAGCAAAGGUCCCCCAGCUUAUCUUUCUUUGAGGAAGUAUUUGGACCCCCAACCAAGAAUGGAGAAGAGUUGGGAAUAAGCUGGAAUGUGGGUCCACAUUCAAGCUGGUCUAGAAAUGGCUCCUCCUCCAGGAAGUCCUCCCUGAUCUUCCCCACCAAGAUCUGUCUCACCUCACCUGUGUAGGCUCUGGUGGUGUGUUUUCUGUGUUCCAUCUUCCUCCUUAGGACAAUAGACCUUUCUCCCUUCCCUGACACAAGGUGUCCCUGUGGCUGAGAACUGGUGCUCUUUAUCAACACCUAGUACAGAGUGUGGCUCAUCUGGGUUCACCUUGACUUUGUUGGUCCCUGCUUCUCCCACUCUUCCAGGGUUGAUGCGAGGCCAGAGACAAUGUCUAGGGCACAUUGCAUCCCUCCUGAGUCUACAGCAGCAUUCGGCGUCUCCCAGAGCAGGGGCCUCCUCCCCUCCAGUCUCAAAUCCAUCUCCUACUUUGCUUGGAGAUGUUUGUUUGGGGUUUUUCUCAUUUACUGGUUUAAUCAGUCCCUACUGAACUCUAAAGUGGGCUAUUUUUGCCGUCAGAAAUCUGCUGCCUCCCCGCCUGCUGCUUUCUUGGAGUUUGCCCACAGGACCCCCCAGGAGGGACGGAUGAGAAUGGCAAAGCCGCUCAGAGCCUAGAACGCCAACGCCACCUGUCAUGUUGCCUGUUCCCCACACCCCCACCCCAAACCUGCGCGUGCACACAGGCUCGCACACAUACACGUGCACGCAAGAACAUGCACACAUGCCCGGGUGACAGGCCUCGGCGGGGCUGCCUGACAGCCUUUUCCCCACAGUUCUUUCCGGGACUUUCCAGGACCUUCCAGGACACCUAGCUGAAUCCAGGACAGAGAGGGAGAAGGCUUGGUUGUGCAGAGCUUCCAUUAAAGGCAUUAAUACGUGCAAAGUGGACCAUGCCUGACCUGCAGCAAGGCUCAGCCCUGUGAGCUGAAUGAGCGGGGCUGGGGCUGAGUGUGGGGACCCUGGGUCCUGUCCUCUUUACACAGCAUCAUGCAGGUUUUGUAAGCCUCCAAAAGGCCAUCCUAUCCAUUUUGUCAUGCUGGCACCAGGAGAUCUUAGAAAAUCUUCCCAGCAUACAUAUGGGGAAACUGAGGCCUCAAAGCUUAGAAGAUAGAGGACAGAGAAUGAUUCUGAGAUUGGUCCACCAGAGGGCACCCAGGAAUGGUGCAAAGCUCCAAAAUGGUAGGGGGCAGGGUGUGGUCUGAGCACUUGCUGGGUACACAUAGCACAGGGGAGCCGGAAAAGUGUAAGACAGGAUUCUUGCCCACGAGGCACUUCAGUGUCACUUAACUCAGCUGUUACUGAGGACCUACUGUGCACAAGGCACAGGGAUACCGAGCUGCCUGGAGCGGCUCACAGUGGGGUGGGGCAGGGGACUGCUGUAGUCACCCCUGUUUAGAGUGCAAAUGAGCCUAUGCCUGGGGAUGGGAUAGAGAUAAAAGCUUGUGCUGGGGACACAGAGGCAGCAGCAAUGGAUUUGGUCUAAGAAGAUCAAGGGAGGCUUCCUGGAGGAGGCAGCCUUAGAGGGUCAGGAUAUAGCCUGGACUCAGGACUCAAAGCGUAUACUUAGAAUGUACAGAAAAUGGACAGCAGUUGAUGGGUGAAGAAGCUGGAGAAAGUCCCAGAAGGCCUGGAGUGUCCAGCUGAGGGUUCUUUCACUGAGAAGGUAGUGGGAGCCCAGAGCCAGCACCAGAAGCCUAACUCAGGGGUCCAGGGGUCUAGGCUUAGGCCUCAACUGCUCCCCAGCCCCAGCCUAAUGCCUCUGCUCUUCAAAGACACUCAAGAUAGCUCUCCCAAAGGUGGGGCCUGGAUGUGUGUGUGAUGGAACAGGACAUGAGGCCUGCCCAGCCCUGGUGAGAAAGGAUGGGAUGUUGGGCCCAGUGGACAAAGCGGUCCCAGGCCUGGCAGAGGCCUCAGGCACACAGGGUCAGCCAGGUGCCUGCUUGGGCUUUGGGCCCUGUGACAAUGUCGCCACCUUCUGCAGACCCUCAGAAGCCCAGACCUCUGCCCAGGAGCAAGUGGUGGCUUUGAGCUAUGUCACAGGAUCACACCGAACACCCCACCCCCGCUAGCCCCAUGCCUUUGAAAAGGAGGCAGAAAAGCCAUCAGAAGAAAGGCCAGGAGGAGGAAGUUCUUUGUAGUAGGUAAAAGCCCCCGAGAAUGGGGCACAGGCGGGGGAUCCAGUUUCCUGUUUAUGUCUCCGCACCUUAGCUCCAGGUUCAAAUAUGUAAACUAUCCACUGGCCUGGCUGCAGGUGUGUGUGUGCUCCCAGGCUGUAGAGGCAGAGGUGGCCCCAAAUGCAUUCCUGACUCUAGCCCCCCACCCACAGUGAGCCAGGAGACAGAGACAAAUAGCUCAAGGUUAACCCUUCCCACGCCACAAGGGAAGGUGCUUGGCUGUUCUAGCUGGGCCUUAGGGUGCC